UAUUGUGUGUUGUCUCUUCGUGUACAGGAGCCAGAGUAAAUGCCAAAGACAACAAGUGGCUCACUCCUCUGCACCGGGCCUUGGCUUCCUGCAGUGAGGAGGCUGUCCAGGUGUUAUUGAAACACUCUACUGACGUGAACGCCAGGGACAAGAACUGGCAAACGCCGCUCCACAUCGCUGCGGCCAAUAAGGCAGUCCGCUGUGCCGAGGCCCUGGUCCCUCUCCUCAGCAACGUGAACGUGUCAGACCGGGCCGGGCGCACGGCGCUGCACCAUGCAGCCUUCAGUGGACACCAGGAGAUGGUGAGGCUGCUUCUCUCCAGAGGAGCCAACAUUAAUGCCUUUGACAAGAAGGAUCGCCGAGCAAUCCACUGGGCUGCUUACAUGGGGCACAUUGAGGUGGUGAAACUGCUGGCCUCUCAUGGAUCAGAGGUGUCCUGUAAAAACAAGAAGGCCUACACCCCUCUCCACUCUGCAGCCUCCAGUGGAAUGAUCAGUGUGGUCAAGUACCUCCUGGACCUUGGUGUGGAUGUGAGUCAACACGCAUUCAAAUGUGUAGGGGGUUUUCAUAAUAGUAAUGAAGAGAGAGAGGUUAGAGCCAGUGGUUUUCUAACAAGUUGA